AUGGCUGGAAACGAUGACUACUUCGCAUUCGAUGAUGAAUCACUUCUGCGACCAAGAAACAGCACCAGUAAUGAGAAUCUCAAGAGAGGAGACUCAUUGGUGAGAAGGGAACGGAACGAUUUCACAAAUCCAGCUAACCCACAUCACUACUAUGCGCAAAAAACGCAGCAGCAGCGUGAAAGAGGCCAGGUUCAGGUCCAGGAGUCAAUUCCGCUCAAAGACAUGAGUCGUGGUACGAAAAAGACCGCGUCUACCAAAACACAAAAUUCGGAAUCUCUUUCGUUUUGGCAAAUAUACUGCUACGUAAUCACCUUUUGGGCACCAGCUCCAUUGUUGUCGUUGUUUGGGAUGCCAAAGAAGGAGCGUCAAUUUGCUUGGAGAGAAAAGAUCGCGCUGCUAUCGGUCAUCUUAUAUGCUGGUACUCUGGUCGCAUACUUGACAUUCGGCUUUACUCGAACCGUUUGCAGCAAUCAGUCUCUACGUCUGCGUAACAAUGAAGUGACCGGCAGCUAUUUGAUCAUUAACGGGAAAUCUUACGGACUCGACUCGUCCUCCCAUCCUGCUGCUGCCGGCAUCGACGCUGGCACCAACGUUUUAUACCCUCCCAUCAACGCCGGUGGUAUGGACGCCACGUUUUUAUUUCAGAACGUCAACGGUAACUGCAAAGGACUUAUAACACCAAAGGACAACUGUACGAUUCCAUAUGACGACGACGAAAACUUGGCCUGGUAUUUUCCGUGCAAGCUGUUAGCACAAGACGGCUCCACGCAACCAAACUUCACGACAAGCGAGUACUACGACGGCUGGGCUUGUCAUACCUCACAGACUGCUCGCGAUGCUUACUAUUCGCUCGAUUCAGCCGCAGACGUCUAUUUCACGUGGGACGACAUCAAAAACUCUACUCGUAACCUUGUGGUAUACAACGGACACGUCUUAGAUCUGGAUAUGCUAGAUUGGCUACAAACAGACGAUGUGGAUUAUCCUCCCCUGUUUGAUCAAUUGAAAGACUCACGGUUACAGGGCUAUGAUAUCUCUAUGGUCUUGUCAGACGCUUUUGAGAAAAAAGCGGCAAGGUGUUUAUCGGAAAUUAUAAAAGUUGGUGAAAUCGACAGCUCUACCAUUGGUUGUCUUGCUUCACAGGUUGUCCUUUACAUCUCGCUCGUGUUCAUUUUAUCGGUCGUCUUCGUCAAGUUCUUCAUAUCGUGCUAUUUCCGCUGGGUUGUGGCAAGAAAGCAAGGCGCUUUUGCUGUGAGUAAUAAGACUAUGAAACAACAUGCCAAUGCAAUUGAGGACUGGUCGGAAGACAUCAACGCGAGAGGACCAAUCAAAAAGAUGGAGCCCAGUGUGAGGCCACAUGGUCAGCGUAGACUCUCGGCAUUCGAUCUCAUCAAGCGCAAUUCCAUGAUGCUACUAAACGACAACUCUACUUCCAAGGCCAAAGACAAAUUUCGCGGAAUGACAACUAUGACAACUCAAUCGUUCCACAAGUCAAAUGCUUCAACCGUCACUCGAGAUGAAGGACCUUUUCAGUCUCCCUUCACUAACGACUUAGUGUCUUCAUCAAAUGUCUCCGACACUUUAGAUGCUACGAUCAUCCAUCCGGAUGUUGUAGCCCAACCACCGGUAGAUUUCAUGCCAUACGGCUAUCCUUUGGUUCACACCAUAUGUUUUGUUACGUGCUAUUCAGAGGACGAAGGCGCGAUUCGGACUACUAUGGAUUCUCUUGCCACGACUGAUUACCCAAAUUCGCAUAAGUUGUUGAUGGUUGUUUGUGAUGGUAUUAUUAGUGGUUCGGGCAACGACUUGACAACUCCUGAAAUUGUCUUAGGUAUGGUUGAAGACUUCGUUGUACCCCCAGAAGAAGUAGAGCCUCACUCUUAUGUGGCUGUAGCGUCCGGGGCCAAAAGGCAUAAUAUGGCCAAGGUGUAUGCUGGAUUCUACAAGUAUGACGACACGACGAUUGAGCCAGAUCUGCAGCAACGAGUUCCAAUGAUUGUGAUUGUAAAAUGCGGCACACCCGACGAGCAAGCUUCGGUAAAACCUGGCAACAGAGGUAAACGUGAUUCUCAAGUUAUUUUGAUGUCUUUCUUGCAGAGACUCGCUUUUGAGGAGCGGAUGACAGUGUUCGAAUACCAAAUGCUUAAAAAUAUCUGGCAGAUAACUGGACUCAUGUCGGAAUUUUAUGAGCUAGUGCUAAUGGUUGACGCUGACACUAAAGUGUUCCCUGACUCAUUAACACACAUGGCUGCUGAAAUGGUAAAAGACCCGGAAAUCAUGGGCUUAUGUGGUGAGACAAAAAUUGCAAAUAAAACUGAAUCCUGGAUAUCUUGGAUUCAAGUUUUUGAAUAUUUUAUUUCUCACCAUCAAGCCAAGGCUUUUGAAUCUGUGUUUGGAAGUGUUACCUGUCUCCCCGGCUGUUUUUCAAUUUAUAGAAUCAAGUCUCCGAAAGGGGCUGAUGGCUAUUGGGUUCCCCUUCUGUCGAAUCCUGAUAUUGUGGAAAGAUAUUCGGACAACGAUACUAAUACGUUGCAUAAAAAGAACCUAUUACUGCUAGGUGAGGACAGAUAUUUAUCAUCACUCAUGUUAAGGACCUUUCCAAAGCGAAAGCAGAUAUUCCUGUCUAAGGCUGCUUGUAAAACAGUUGUUCCUAGUAAGCUAAAAGUGCUUAUGUCGCAACGCAGAAGAUGGAUUAACUCCACAGUACACAACCUGAUGGAACUGGUUCUUAUCCAAGACUUGUGCGGAAGUUUCUGCUUUUCGAUGCAGUUUGUGAUUGGUAUGGAAUUAGUUGGUACCCUGGUGUUGCCGCUAGCCAUCUGCUUCACUGUAUAUGUGAUCAUCUUUGCCAUUGUGUCGCAUCCUACGCCAAUCAUCACGCUAGUCUUAUUAGCUGUCAUUUUGGGUCUUCCUGGUCUCCUUAUCGUUGUCACGGCCACCAGGUGGUCUUACUUAGGAUGGAUGCUAAUCUACAUUAUUGCUUUGCCAAUCUGGAACUUCUUGUUACCCGUUUACGCCUACUGGAAAUUCGAUGACUUCACCUGGGGUGACACAAGAACUAUCGCAGGGGGGAACAAAGCUUCGCAUGAAGAAGAAGUUGGUGAGUUUGAUCAUUCUAUGAUUAGAAUGAGAACGUGGCGAGAGUUUGAAAAAGAAGACCGUUCGAAAGGUAAAGGCCAAGGACAACAUUCAAGGUUGGGAUCUAUCUUGAAUUUGGAUCUGAUGCCAGAAGCUGGUAUAUCAGACAGAGAUGAUUCGCGCUUCUUUUGA